AUGGGGAAAGGUAUAGCAAAAUAUGGUUACAAAAGUGGGAUUUUACCCGUUGCUAGAUCAGUCUUGAAAUACCCUACGACCAAACAGCAACUUGCCAUUGAGAAGACACAGCCGACCAUUUCAAAAGGUCCGAAGGGAGUAGGCUACGCAGAUGGGAUUAUGCAUCCUAAUGGCUCGAGUAGGUUUCCUAAACCGACUAAAUUUGUAAAUGUCGAGCAAAUGAUUCAAGAAUCAAUCCAUACUCCUACAGUAGUGCCUGAAAACAUCAGCGAUAAGAAACUGAGUCAAAUGAAGAAGGCAGAGUUACGAAGAACAUACUUGGCUGAGGCGUUGAGAUUGGAGGAACGAAGAUUGUUGAAACGAGAAAGACUAAUAAGAGAAAGGACGAAACUUCUAGAAUUAGAGAUGGAGAAACGGAAAGCAUUGACAAUGCAAUCGAAGUCCUCUGAUUUGACAGUUCCAUCUUUAGAACACAUAUUGAACCAACCAUUAGUGGUACCUCGAACGCAAGAGGAAAAAAAAAUCCUUUCUAUGAAGAGGCAAUAUAAUAGAGAACUCAAUGAGCUAAAAGGUAAGGAAAAUAAACUCGAGAAAUUGUUAAAGUUAUAUUAUGAGUUGGACGAUUAUAUCGUCACUGAAGAGCAACUGAUCCAAAAAAUAAACGAAAUCUUCGAACGUAAGAGCUAUCCUAUACUGUCCCUACUUGAUGUUCAAGACGAUGUAAAACAACAACAAUUGGAAGAUAAGAUUAGUGAUGCAUUGUUUGGUUCAAUAGACACUAAACACCCAGGUCUGCCUAUGGUUGAAGAUUACCUGAACAAUAAUACAAAGAAGUUUGCUGAAGCAGUUGAACUUACAAAACAAAUUUUAAAGAAACAAACCGCUGAUCAACUAGAUCAAAUUCCUGAGAAGUAA